AUGUGUUUGUGGAUUCUGACAGCAUGUUUGGGGAUGCUCCCAGCGAACCCAACGCCAAUUGUGAUCGUGUCUGGGGUACCGGCACCAAUCAUAGUGCCCACUGCAGCACCAGUAACGGCUGCCACCACGACCACUACUGCUGCUACGACCACGAACGCGACAUUGGCGCCUACACCACCACCCACGACCACUACGACAACUACGACAGCAGCGACCACCACCACCUCCACGGCAGCUCCUACGCCUCCCCCUACAACCACAACUACAACUACAACUGCAGCUACGACGACGACGACGACAACAACCACAACUACUUUAGGCCCGCUCCCGAUUGACCCUCGGCUCGGCACCACCCCGGCUUCGGCAGCUGUAAACAUGCCUCCUAUAAGUGGAUAUAGUGCACAAAUACCAAAUUAUAAUACCGCUGUCAAUUUCCCACGGCAACGCAGAAGCGUGGACCAGAAAUCCGGAGUAAACAUGAAAGAGUUCUUAUGUAACUUAGGAUCCGAGAAAGAACACAGAAUUGUAAAAAGACAAAGUAACUGUGCAUGUGUGCCCACUGGAACUUGUAUCCGAUCUGGUACUAAUUCAGGUGCUGGUAUGAUUGACAUCAGGAUAGUUACUCCGGUAGUAACUCAGUGUCCAGCUGGUCAGGAGUAUUGUUGCGGCAACACUACUACGUCUACAUUGAUAAAUUGUGGUACGCUGCAAUCUGUGCCCACUACAGCCAUUACACCGGCUGCUGGACAAGCUAACUUUGGAGAAUAUCCUUGGCAGGUAUGUAGUGUAAAUACAGAUGAAGUUUGA